AUGACCACUUCCACUCCGAACAUCGACCCCUCAAUCUUCACGACCCUCCAAACCAAGAUCGACGAAGAGUCCGCCAUUCGCGACUCCCUGCGCGCCAUAAUCGAUGACCUCUCGAAACAGUCCCGCGUAAUCACCUCUCACCUCUCUCGCAUCCACAACACGCCCACUCCACUUCUCCCAGACCAAAUCCUCUCUCCCUGCGCUGCCCUCCUUCAACAACAAUCCCUCACAGUGCAGGCCCUCGCGUCGACCGCCUCCGCCUAUCCAUUCUACAAAUACAACUCUCUCUGGAGCCACCAGAUUCAGUCAAUCCUGUCCACCCUGCAGCUCCACGAAUGGCUGUCCUCUACGCGGUUGCUCACUCUCGAAGACUUGGGAACGUUUCUCAACGUCCCCGUCAACGUCAAGCCCCCUGAGAAAGACACCUUCCACAUCACCAUCGAAGAAUACCUCCUCGCAUUGACGUCCACGAUCGAAGAGUUGGCCAGGCUGGCACCGAAUGCAGUCACAAUGGGCGACUACGCUCGUCCAUUACAGAUCAGUCGAUUCAUCAAGGACGUGCAUGCGGGGUUUCAGUUGCUGAAUCUGAAGAAUGACAAUUUGCGGAGGAGAAGUGAUGGGGUCAAGUACAGCGUCAAGAAGGUGGAAGAUGUGGUCUACGAUCUGAGCUUGAGAGGUUUAGUGCCUAAGGACGGGGACGAGGGUGGGGCGGCUGCUGGUGGCGCGGCAUCAGGAUGA